CGCAUCUUAUUUUAAGCAUCUUGAUCGGAUUUUAAUAUUAUAUGUUUAUUGAACUAUAUAACUGUUAGGAAAGGACUUUACAUACGUUUUUAGUAACUUGUUUUCCAAUCCUUGUUAUUUGUAUUGUUGGUAAAAUACCUUAUAUAUGUAAAUUUGAAAUAAAUACUGUUUAAACUAAGCAUUAUUCAGCUGGAUAUAUUGACCGGUAAAUGAUUUUCCAAUUAAAAUCAUUAAUUAGUAUAACUAUUUAACAUUCCGUGUGAAUGAAACAGUCAGAUUGUUAAGUAAGACCGGAUGCAAUAAACCGAACGUUGUACAGCGGGAUGUGUUAUCGUUCAGAUACAUGACAUGAAUGUUAAGUGUUAUUAAAAUGGAUAUACACAACGAAUGGCAUGGAUACAUUAUUACAACCUGUUUGCUCUACCAAAUCAGUGUUUUGUUUCUUAAUUAUUAUUUACGUGAGUUUAUCCAUUGGUCGAAAGAAAAACAUAGCAUGUGUUUGUACGUUGUAUGCAUCACACAGAAAAGUUACAAAUUCAAAAGUUCAAAGUAAUCCAAUCAUUGUUGAGGAAAAGCCUAGGUUAAAAAAAAACAAACGAUGUUUUACCAAGGACAAGAAUAUUUUUCAAUAACAGGUCGCCGCACAGGUCUGAACAUCUAGUGUGCGCUGUAUUAACCAGCGUUCAUUAUCAGGGAAGCCUGAUGGAAGACUAGUCACUGUUAUAAAAACUAACUUUGAAAUAUUUAGAAGUGUUUCGUGGGGCAAAUCAAUUGACAAAAGGAUAAAUAACGUGAAGUGGAAUUAUUUUUCAGGCCAAUUAACAACCCAAGACGUAGAUGGAGAAUUCGCUGACGUGGUGGUUGGGGGCUAUGUUUAUUCCUACCAUUACAAUGUUUGGGGUGAUUGGGAAUAUACUCACGGUCAUUGUGCUUUCUCGCAAGCCUCAACGCCGUCACUUUAGACCUGAAUCUUACCCUAUGAUUUCCAUGUCAUCGAGACUGCAUCGUUCAUCUUCUUCAUCGACAGAUCCGUAUGCUCCACAGGAGUGUCCGUCUUCUACUCGAUCAGAUACUCAGUGCUCUACAUCCAAUGGCAGACAUCAGUCGCCCGUCUCCCAACCGUCGUCCUCAUCACCAGAUGAUGGUACAUAUCUUCCACCAUUGACAACUCGUUUUCUUCUUAAGGCCCUGGCCGUUGUUGACUCUUUUAUUCUUCUUUGGCCGUGCUUUAUCCAGUGGACAGUACGUUUAAGCAGUGGUUCCAGUAUUUUUGAUCGAUUGGAUACAUUCUGCAAAAUAGGAACAUUCUUCAAUUAUUUUCUCUUGCAACUGUCUCCAUGGUUGCUAGUUCUUGUGACAAUAGACCGUGUUUAUAACAUAGCGUUUCCAACAUUUAGUCUGAAAACCCCGUUAACACAAACACAUGUGAAACGUUUGUUUAUAGUGACUAUGCUGAUUUUGGCCCUACUUAAUUCAUACAUGUUGUUCGGUCUCAAUCUGCGAUUAGAAAAAGAAAUGAGCAAUACACCAUAUGAAAAUGCAACGAAUGCAUCGAGCCCACAGUCAGACUGGAAGUGUUAUCCAAAGGACAGUUUUAAAUAUUUCGUGAUAAGUGUUUGGAGUUGGAUAGAUUUCGCAGUUGCAUUCGGAUUACCGUGUGGCAUUAUAGUACUCGGAAACGUACUUGUUUUCAGGAAAAUGAAGUCCAGUGAGAACUUUCGGUCUAGAUAUGCCCAUGGCGGGAUAAUAGCCUCUGAAAAAUGGGCAAAAGUGAGUGCGAUUCUUGGAAUUUCGUUCAUUGUCCUUGUCAUGCCACUUGUCGUUUUUCAGAUCGGCGGGGAGUACUGGUUCACUGGAAAUCCCGACCUAGAAUUAAAACAAACGUUUGACACUUUAAGAUUGGUAUUUACUUUGCUCCUCUACACAAACAGUGCUAUCAAUUUUGUAAUGUACAUGCUCUUGGGAUCGCCAAAACUUCGACAACAGUUCGUUAAACCGCUUCACGAUUGUAAAAAAAUCAUCUGCAAAUGUACCUCAACAGAUGAAUAACAAUACUUAACUAUUAUAUAGAAGACAAAGCAAGAACACAGAAAAAGGCUCAGCGUCUAGAGUACGUGCAAAAGGUCGUGAAAACACUAUCUGGCCAUAACGUACUGUGCAUAUAUAUAUACAUAAUAUAUAUAAUAAUAAAAUUAUUAAAUUAUACAAGUAUGCGUAUCUCAGCAAGAACACAGAAAAACGCUCAGCGUCUUGAAUAUGUGCAAAUGGUCGUCAAAACACUAUCUGGCCAUAACGUACUGUGCAAAUAUAUAUACAAAAAUAAA